AUGGCGUUGCCUAAUCAGCAAACAGUUGAUUAUCCUAGCUUCAAGCUUGUGAUCGUCGGGGACGGUGGCACAGGAAAAACAACUUUCGUCAAGAGGCAUCUUACUGGAGAAUUUGAAAAGAAAUAUGAACCAACUGUUGGUGUGGAAGUGCAUCCAUUGGAUUUCUUCACAAACUGUGGCAAGAUUCGUUUCUACUGCUGGGAUACUGCAGGUCAAGAGAAGUUUGGUGGUCUCAGAGAUGGAUACUAUAUCCAUGGGCAGUGUGCGAUUAUAAUGUUUGAUGUUACUGCUCGGCUGACAUACAAGAAUGUCCCUACUUGGCACCGUGAUCUUUGCCGGGUUUGUGAAAACAUCCCAAUUGUCCUUUGCGGAAACAAGGUUGAUGUGAAGAACAGGCAAGUGAAGGCCAAGCAGGUUACUUUCCAAAGGAAGAAGAAAAAUGGCGAGUGA